UACAAACGUCUUCCUUCUUUGUAACAUGUGCAUCCCAAACACCCCUAGACCUUACUUCAGUGCAUUCCCAGAUGCACCUAAACCCUACCCUAAUUCACUCCGGACGCACCUAAACGCUAAUCUCAAAGAGCAUUCUCUAGAUCACUGUGAUUUUCUUCCCUCUUUAUUAGGAACAUUUUUUGGAUGGUGCUUUAUAGUGAACUUUUUAAAGGGUGUUUGCACGUACAAAGGUAAGACGUUUGCAAGUUUAGACCAUACUCAGUCACAUAUACACCCCACCUGAUAAGACUCCUUAAUUUCCAUUUCUAUGCUGGGCGUUCCUACACGCCCCUACCCUCCCCAUCUCUACCUCCCAAUAAGACCUCCUUUCUCGAAAAACUUUAGGGUAUUUUAAUUCUUAAUAGGAAGUGAAGCAUGAAGUGAUUUACUCGUCAGCCGCAUCUUUUUUUAACUAAUUGAAAUUAGCUACACAGAAUCAAAGAUCGUACUCUCAGUGAGAUUAUCUUAUAGUUUAAAACCAUUUAAUAAAAGUAUCAUCGUCAAAUAUCUUUUUCCAACUAAUCAAGAUCACUUACUCAAGGUUCGCCCUUUUCCUCCAUUAAAGACCGUAUGGCCAUCUUAUAGCUUGAAACCAUUUAAUAAGAGUGGCCAAAACUCAGGACACACAAGGCAUUUGGUGCCAACAAGAUCUGUCAUGUUUUUCUCUGACCUUUGGUGGUAUGGGAAAUUGCUGGAAGUAUCACUUCCUUCUCAAUACAUGAUCAUCUGAUCCACAUGCACCCAUCAACCUACCGUGAAAUACCCCAAGAACCCCUUCUUUUUGCAAAUGACUAUAUUGCCCCUCAUUACAGUGAACCAUGUCAUUGAAACUGAGAAUUGCAGAGGGGCAAAAUGGUCAAUUCCAACCCGUUCUCCCCCCUUGUCGACCAUUAUGCCUCUCUCCUCCACUCUUGCCUUAGAACCAGAAACCCCACCUCCCCCAAAUCCAUCCAUGCCCACAUAACAAAGCAUGGCCUCCAUGCAAGCGCGUUUCUCACUAACCUACUCAUCAAUCUUUACUCAAAAUGUGGUUCUCUCUCUUCAUCACAAAAGCUGUUUGAUGAAAUGCUUCAAAAGAACACCUCUUCUUGGAACACUAUCAUCUCAGCCUAUGCCAAGGCUGGAGACUUUGAUAGCGCCCACCACCUCUUUAACAAGAUCCCAGAGUGGGAUUCAGUCUCAUGGACCUCUCUCAUAGUGGGCCAUAACAAGUGGGGUCACCAUAAAGAGGCUCUAAGGUUCUUCCGCGAUAUGAUUGGGGCCCAUGUGGGCCCCACUCACUUCACAUUAACAGGAGCAAUAAGCGCAUGUGCUUCGAUGUGUGAGCUCAAACCGGGUCGAGUGGUGCACUCGAUUGCGGUGAGGCUCGGGCUCGGUGCAUUUGUUGAGGUGGCCAAUUCUCUGGUUAAUAUGUAUGCUAAAUGUGGUCGGCUUGAUAUGGCUCGAGCUGUGUUUGCGCGCAUGAGCCUGAGGUCCGUGUCAACUUGGAAUGCAUACAUUGCGGCUUUAGUGCAGUUAGGCCGGCUCGAUGAGGCGCGAGCCUUGUUUGAGUCCAUGCCUGAGCGUAAUGAAAUCUCAUGGAAUACUAUUAUUGCAGGGCUUAACCAGCAUGGGUUUGACGAUGAGGCACUUGGUCAUUUUGUAAGCAUGCAAGAAGAGGGGUUCGUGCCUGAUGGAUUCACGAUGGCUAGCGUAUUAAGCUCGUGUGCGAGCCUGGGUGCAGUGCUUGAGGGAAGGGCAGUGCAUGGUCGCAUGGUCCGGAGUGGUGCAUUCAAAAGUUUUGAUGGUCCGGUAGGCAAUGCGCUUGUCGCCAUGUAUGCCAAGUCGGGGAGCAUAGAUAUGGCCCAGAGUGUGGUUCGUGAAAUGGGUGCUCAUGUAGACGACAUAGCAAUCACAGCAUUGUUUGAUGGGUUCGUAAAGUACGGUGACCUCGAGAUGGCACAUGAGCUCUUCAAAUCAAUGGAAAGCCCCGAUGUGGUGGCAUGGACGGCGAUGAUCGUUGGCUACACACAACAAGGAGCUGAUGAGGAGUCCCUAAACCUCUUCAAAGAAAUGCUAUCUCAUGGCACCGAACCCAAUCGAUACACAUUUGCAAGUGUACUUAGUCUGUGUGGUACUCUCUCUGCAUUGGAUUACGGGAAACAAAUACACGCACGAGUGUUACGCAAAAGUGAGGAGGAGGUUGAGACUGAGGUCGAGAAAGCAUCUGUUUCGAACUCACUUGUGGCCAUGUAUGCUCGGUGUGGUGAUGUUGGGGCAGCAAAGCGUGUGUUUGAGCACGCAUGUGGGCGUGACGGUGUCACAUGGACCUCCAUGAUCAGUGCUCUUGCACAACAUGGGAAGGGUCUCGAGGCCUUGCGUUUAUUCAAUGAGAUGUUAGCCUUAGGCAUCGCACCCGAUGGGGUUACAUACCUUGGGGUUCUGAUGGCAUGCAACCAUAGUGGCCUCGUGGUUGAGGGGCUACGUCAUUUCACCGCCAUGGCUUGCGCAUGCCAUGUAGAGCCUGAGGCCAGCCACUGUGCAUGUGUAGUUGACAUGUUGGCUCGUGCUGGGCUUCUUCGAGAGGCUGAAGGGUUCAUAAUUCGCAUGCCAUAUGAACCUGAUGUUGUGGUUUGGGGUGCCAUGUUGGCUUCUUGUAAGACCUAUGGCGACACUGCAAGAGCCAAGUGGGCUUCUGAUAAAUUGUUAGGCAUUGAGCCAGGCCAUGCAGGGGCCUACUCGGCCUUGGCAAACCUAUACUCUUCGCGUGGGCUUUGGCAAGAGGCAUCUGGAAUUCGAAAAGUGAUGAAGGAGAGAGGGGUUCGUAAAGGGCUUGGGUGUAGUUGGCUUCGAAUCAAGGGCGACAUUCAUGUGUUUGGGGCCGAGGAUUUGAACCAUCCUAUGAAAGAGGCCAUAUAUGAGAGGCUUGAGAGGUUAUUAGAGGAGAUUAGGGAGGUGGGAUAUGUGCCUGAUUUGAGCUCUGUAUUGCAUGAUGUGGAGGAGGAGGCUAAGGAGAGGAUGGUGGGGUAUCACAGUGAGAAAUUGGCAAUUGCUUUCGCAUUGAUCAGUACGCCAGAGGGAUCCACAAUCCGGGUUAUGAAGAACUUGAGGGUGUGUAAUGACUGUCAUGGUGCAAUUAAGUUGAUGGCCAAGGUGGUGGGCAGAGUGAUUGUUGUGAGGGAUUCUAACAGGUUCCAUCACUUUGAGGGUGGACAUUGUUCUUGUGGUGAUUAUUGGUGAAGUGAGGAAAGUAGUUCUGGUUUUAUAAUUUUUGUUAAGCUUUCCUUUUUUAUUAUAUUGAAGAUUAAAAACGAUGCCAAGAUUUUUUGAAAAUAAAUUUAAGAGAUUGCCUUGAGGAGAGCACCCAAGAA